AGAUGCCUCGUCUGAUUUGUUAUUGAGGCUGUGUGAUGAUUUCCUCUCGUCUUUCUAAUAAGGUAACAGUGUGUGUGAUUGGUGACUGUCUCUCUCUCUCUGUCUGUCUCUCUGUCUCUCUCUCUGUAGGGGGCUGAGUGAGGGGACACACUUCUCUCAGUCUCUCUGGGCGAGUGGAGGUGAACACAUCGUGUACAGCGAGGAGGGAGAUGGAAAUCUGUCUGACUUUUAUUCUUCUCUCAUCCACACUCACACUCACAGCAGCUGACAGUGUGAGGUUGGUGAAUGGAAGUCGCUGUGCUGGGAGAGUGGAGGUUCUUCAUGAUGGACAGUGGGGAACAGUGUGUGGUGAUUACUGGGAUAUGAGAGAAGGUGCGGUUGUGUGUAGAGAGCUGCGCUGUGGGGAGCCUGUAAAUGUUCGGUAUAAUGCUCACUUUGGACGGGGAUCAGGAACAAUCUGGAUGGAUGAUGUGGACUGUAGUGGAUCUGAGUUGACACUGAAGAACUGUAGCUCAGCAGAGUGGGGGGAUAAUGACUGUGGUCAUGAAGAAGAUGCUGGAGUCACCUGCUCAGGUAAUAUAUGGAAUGAAGCUGAGAAUUAUGAUGACACCCUUACAGCUGAUCAGAAGACAGUUAUACUGACAGACAGUGUGAGGUUGGUGAAUGGUGGAAGUCGCUGUGCUGGGAGAGUGGAGGUUCUUCAUGAUGGACGGUGGGGAACAGUGUGUAGUUCUGCCUGGGAUAUGAAAGAUGCUGCAGUGGUGUGUAGAGAGCUGCGCUGUGGGGAGCCUGUAGAGGUGCAGUAUGAUGCUCACUUUGGAGAAGGAUCAGAAGAAAUCUGGAUACAUGAUUUGUACUGUAGAGGAUAUGAGUCAACACUGAACAACUGUAGCUCACAACGGGGACAUUACUGUGAUCAUAUUCAUAAUGCUGGAGUCAUCUGCUCAGGUGAAAAUCUGAGACUCACUGCUGGUCCUCACCGGUGUUCUGGGAGGGUGGAGGUGUUUCAUGGAGGUUCCUGGUCCACGGUGUGUGAUGCUGACUUUGACCAGCAGGAUGCAGAGGUUGUGUGUCGAGAGCUGGGCUGUGGGAUUCCUGUGGAGGUGCUGGGAUCAGCUGCUUUUGGCCAAGGGGAGGGUCAGGUGUGGACAGAGGAGCUUCAGUGUAGAGGCAACGAAUCUGAGAUUUACAUCUGUCCAACAUCAUCUUCACUCAAACACUCAACCUGCUCCCAUUACAAUGAUGUGGGAUUAAAAUGUUCUGGUCACAGAACGUCGAGACUCACUGCUGGGCUUCACAAGUGCUCUGGGAGAGUGGAGGUGUUUCAUGGAGGUUCCUGGUCCACAGUGUGUGAUGCUGACUUUGACCAGCAGGAUGCAGAGGUUGUGUGUCGAGAGCUGAGCUGUGGGAUUCCUGUGGAGGUGCUGGGAUCAGCUGCUUUUGGCCGAGGGGAGGGUCAGGUGUGGACAGAGGAGCUUCAAUGUAGAGGCAACGAAUCUGAGAUUUACAUCUGUCCAACAUCAUCUUCACUCAAACACUCAAGCUGCUCCCAUUACAACGAUGUGGGAUUAAUAUGUUCUGGUGAAGUAUCAUGAUUUAACUUCUGUUUAAAUAGAGAACACAUACCUGUCAAUCAAACUUUAAGCUGCCUUUGUUAAUUUUCCUCUUUCACUGAGCUCUCGGCUGUUUGUUCAGGUCACACAGGGGCGCGGCUGGUGAACGGACCGGACUCCUGUUCUGGUCGAGUGGAGCUCCAGUACCUCAGUGACUGGGGCACAGUUUGUGCUGUAGGCUGGGAUAUGAGAGCUGCAGAUGUUCUUUGUGCACAGCUGGAUUGUGGGAGUGCUGUGGCUGUGGUGGAGGUCGACUGGUUUGGGGAGGGGAGUGGCCACAUCUGGGCUGAUGUGUUUGAUUGUCAGGGGAAGGAGACACACCUAUCACAAUGUGGGAUCUCAUCAUGGAGUCGAGCUGCAUGCUCUCAUAAACACGAUGCUGGAGUCGUCUGUAAUGGAUCAUCCGUGGCGUUUCAUGAGGGGCGAGUGCGGUUGUCUGGAGGGAGCGAGUGUCAGGGGGAGGUGGAGAUUUAUUUCAGGCAGGACUGGAGGAGAGUUCUCCUGGACUCGUGGAGUCUGUCUGAGGCGUCUGUGCUCUGCAGACAGCUGGGCUGUGGCUCCGUGCUGAACUACCGCUCCUCUCCAUCCACCACUGAACACAAACACAUGUGUGUAACGGGUUUCAGCUGCUCUGGGAGUGAAGCUCAUCUGGGGAACUGCAGCAGUGCACAACCUGUCAACUGCAGCUCCGGGGAACAGCUGUACAUCACCUGCUCAGGUAAGCAGCACAACACCUACCAAUACCCCAGCUCCAUCAGACUGGUUGGUUCUGGGGGAGACUGUGCAGGAAGGCUGGAGGUUUUCCACAGCGGCUCGUGGGGGACAGUGUGUGAUGACUCGUGGGAUAUUGAGGAUGCGCAGGUGGUGUGCAGACAGCUGCAGUGUGGAGUGGCCCUCAGUACACACAUACCAGCCUGGUUUGGUCCUGGAACUGGGUCCAUAUGGCUGAAUGAGGUGGAGUGUGAGGGGAACGAGACGUCCCUGUGGAACUGCAGAUUUCAUCUGUGUGAAGAGGGUGAAUGUGGACACCAGGAGGACGUAGGAGUCGUAUGCUCAGGUACAGUGUAA